CGCUGUUGAAGAUGAACAGCACACACACACACACACACACAGCCUGCCUGAGUUAUUGAUUAUGGAUCAGGGCAGUAUUAGCCCUACACAUGCUGAUUAAUCUGCUGCAUUUAUAAUAAGCAGAGAUCAGAGUAAGAGCUGGCCGACCUCUGCGGAGUGUGUGUGUGUGUGUGUGUGUGUGUGUGAGAGUGUGUUAUACUGAUGUGUGGAGCUGCAGGAGCUCCGGGCGGGACAGCACAGGGAUAAGGGCGCCGCUUUCUCUGACGCGCCCUGCAGUGAGCAGCAGAUCAAUAAUCAUAAUAAUGAGCAAUAGUCAGAUUAAUAUUAAUAUCGCGGUAUCCGCUGCAGAGCUGAGCAUUUCUGAACGCCGGACUCGGGUCUCGCGAUACUGCAGCUCGGCGGAAACGGAAGCUCGUCUUUGUUAAAGAUGGCGACCCCCUAUGUGACAGAUGAAUCUGGGAAGUACAUCGCCGCCACGCAGCGUCCGGAUGGCUCCUGGAGGAAGCCGCGGCGGGUGAGGGAUGGAUACGUGCCGCAGGAGGAGGUGCCGGUGUACGAGAACAAGUUCGUGAAGUUCUUCAAGAGUAAGCCGGAGCUGCCGCCGGGCGUGUGUGUGGAGACCCCCCCGCAGACACAGACGCAGCCGAGCGACGCCGCGGGCCUCUCCAGAACCGCCAAGCGCAACAUGAAGCGCAAGGAGAAGCGCAGGCAGCAGGGGCAGGAGACCAAGUCGGAGCCGGAACUGCAGCCGGAGCCUGAACUGCAGCCGGAGCCGGAGCCGCAGGGCCUGAGCCAGCAGAUGCAGCAGCUGGAGCUGAGCGCCUCGCAGGGGCCCGGGGCCGCAGACAGCGCACGCAGACUCAAGAACCUGCGUAAGAAGCUGCGGCAGGUGGAGGAGCUCCAGCAGAGGGUGCUGUCCGGAGAGCUGAAGCCCAGCCAGGAGCAGCUGGACAAACUGGGGCGGGCCCAGGCCCUGAGGGAGGAGCUACAGCAGCUGGAAGCCCAUUCGUGAGGCUGGCUGCCAAUCAGAGCUCUGUGUGUGUGUGUGUGUGUGUGUGUGUGUGUGUUCUUCAUCAUGAGCAGGAGCGGAGUGUCUGUGCUGGACUCCUAAAGCUGCACAGCGCUGCCGGCUCCAUCAUCCACAUCUCCAUCUGUGUGCAGCCCUACACACACACACACACACUCACACACACUCCUCGGUGUCCCCAGCAGCAGGAGUUGAUCAUGUAGAGCUGUGUUCCACUAAACAGCAGAGGCGUCUCCUGACCGUUGUUUCUGUUGCACAUACUGGAUCAUCAAGCUGUGUGUGUGUGCGUGUGUGUGUGUGUGUGUGUGUGUGUGUG